UGUAAGGUGUUUUGAUAAAAUGUUUAUUGGAGGUUUGAGCUGGGAUACAAGCAAGAAAGAUCUGACUGAAUAUCUGUCUCGAUUUGGGGAAGUUGUAGGCUGCACAAUUAAAACAGAUCCAGUCACUGGACGAUCAAGAGGAUUUGGAUUUGUGCUUUUCAAAGAUGCUGCUAGUGUUGACAAGGUUUUGGAACUGAAGGAACACAAACUGGAUGGCAAAUUGAUAGAUCCCAAAAGGGCCAAAGCUUUAAAAGGGAAGGAACCCCCGAAAAAGGUUUUUGUGGGUGGCUUGAGCCCAGAUACUUCUGAAGAACAGAUUAAAGAAUAUUUUGGAGCCUUUGGAGAGAUUGAAAAUAUUGAACUUCCCAUGGAUACAAAAACAAAUGAAAGAAGAGGUUUUUGUUUUAUCACAUAUACAGAUGAGGAGCCAGUAAAGAAAUUGUUAGAAAGCAGAUAUCAUCAAAUUGGUUCUGGGAAGUGUGAAAUCAAAGUUGCCCAACCCAAAGAGGUAUAUAGGCAGCAACAGCAACAACAAAAGGGAGGAAGAGGUGCUGCAGCUGGUGGAAGAGGUGGUACUAGGGGUCGAGGCCAAGGUCAGGGCCAAAACUGGAACCAAGGAUUUAAUAACUAUUAUGAUCAAGGAUAUGGAAAUUACAAUAGUGCCUAUGGUGGUGAUCAAAACUAUAGUGGCUAUGGCGGCUAUGAUUAUACUGGGUAUAACUAUGGGAACUAUGGAUAUGGACAGGGAUAUCCAUAG